UUUGAAUAAUAAAGUAGUAGUAGACUGGAGUUGAACUGAACAAAAUUAACCUUGUGUGCAAUUCGAGAGAAGCUAAUACCUAAAAUUGGUAGAGCUAGAGUUGAACUGAACACAAUUAGCCUUGUAUCCAAUUGGAGAGAAGCAAAUGUCUAAAAUUGCACAAAGGGUUUGAAUUCUAUUCAGUCCAAUUGGAGGAUUCAUUCAUUGUUCCAAUCCACAUUGAGAGAGGUUCACUCAUUCACAGUCAACUAGAGAGAAUCCAAUCUCCUAACGAAGGGGGUUUUCCACAAAAUUUUGAAGUUCCAUAAAUGUCUCGCCGAUUUUGCCACUGAAAUCGAGUUUUUCCCUAAUUCGCUUGGGAUGUGAGCACACAAGACUCUCAUCAUCACUUAUACAUAUACAUAUAUAUCUACAUAUAUGUGUGUGUAUGCUUGCUUGUACCCAGUUCAUAAUCUACUGGCGGCUUGCUUUCUCUGCUGUUUUUCACCGAAUUUUUGAUCGCUCAUUUGGUUUCAGGACCAUUACAUACAUAUACUGCAUUGUUAAAUUUUGCUGAUUGUUUAAGAGGGGAAGAUGGAUAUGGUGUCGACUUGCAAGAAAAAGUUGGCUUAUUUUCGAAUUAAAGAGCUUAAGGAUGUCCUCACGCAGCUUGGUAUUUCAAAGCAAGGGAAAAAACAGGACCUUUUGGACAGAAUAUUAGCCUUGCUUCCUAAUGAAGCGCCAGACAUGCAUGGUUUGGGGAUGACAAAUUUUACUGCGAAGCAAAGGGUGGCAGAAAUAAUUGAUGAUACUUAUAG